AAACCAUUUUAUACUUUAAAUUCAUCUUUUUUUCCCUUUAGGUUCAGUGUGUAAGAUAUAGGUUAGAGGGAUUUAUUGGUAGAAGUAUGAAUUGUUGUUUUCUUUACCGUAGAAUGGGCCCUUUAAAUUCUAAUACUUUAUAUUUACAUCUGGAGUGGUUCCAUUAUGGAGGACGCCAUGUUUUUAUUUACAGUAUUACAAACUGGAGAAACUAAACAUCUUUUGAGUUUUUAUGACAGCUGAAGUCUACCACAGGUUCUCUUUCAUGUUUGGAAAGGGAGGUUGAGGUGAGGGGUGUUUAGAUGCAAAAUGCAACUUCACCGCUAGAUUUCACUAAAUUCUACACACUGAACCUUUAUGUCUGUUAUUCAAUAUUUGACUGAGCACUGGAGCAUGUUUGUCUUUACAUAUGUAACCCAGGGGCAGCGAGCUGGAGCUGUGAUUAGCACUAAUGCAACAAGAAGGUUCCUAGUGAGAUUCCCAGUUUGUCCUGGGCCAUGCUAUGUUCUCCUCGUGUCUGUGUGCAUUUUCUCUAGUUUCUUCGGCUUCCUCCCACAGUCUAAAGACAUGGAGAUCAGGGUGAGCUUAACUGGAGACUCUUAAUUUAUCAUAGGUGUGAAUGUGAGCAUCUCACUUAUUGUCAGCUGGAAUUGCACCUUCAAAGGAUUAGUUGUAUAGUUAAAGGAUGGAUGAAUUGAUGUAUAUAUAAGUCAAACAUUCCAAAUAACUGAUGUAUCAUAUGAGUGGGGAUUUUGCUGUAGAUCCUAAAUGCAUAAUUUGCUUGCAUAAACUACAACUAUCAUAUGCAAAGGUUACCACUGAUGCCUGCGUAUGAAAGUGUGUCUCAGGUGUCAGCUACGCACUAACUCGCAUAUCCGAAGUUGGAUUCCAAAUAUCGAUCCAUCACUAUGAAAUGCUUUACAAAGUAAAGUUUCACCAGGCAACACUGCUUCAUUGUGAGGUACUGUCUGUGAUUGGACUGUGUUAUGUGUUUUUCAGGCACAGCGCAGAGAACACGGCCGAUCAGUCCAAGCAUCAGAUCACACACAUCCUGAAUGCAGCUCACAGUAAGCGUGGAGGACAGCCAGGUAUCUACAGGGGCAUGGAGAUCACAUACAUGGGCAUAGAGGCUCAUGACUCCUGUGGCUUUGACUUGAGCGUCAACUUCCUCGCAGCAGCAGACUUCAUCCACAGGGCUCUCAGCAGGGGAGGCAAAGUGCUGGUGCACAGUCACUUGGGAGUGAGCCGCUCGGCCACCCUGGUCCUUGCGUAUCUGAUGCUGUGGCAGAACCUGACGCUCGUGGAAGCUAUUUGUGCUGUGAAAGAUAAACGUGGUGUGAGACCCAAUCGAGGAUUCCUCAGACAGCUCAUCAAACUAGAUGGUCAGCUGUUUGGCACACAUCCCUGAACGCUGUAUGAUAGUGUUACUGCUCAGCUCUCAUGGGUCCACAACAUAAGGAAAACAUGACAAAGAUGGCUCCAUGUUGAGAAACACUGAUGCCAUUAUCUGGAUGCAUGAAUGUUUUUGAGUCUCAGACUUGCAGCAUCUGAUCCAUUCCCGGAUCAUGUUUUAGUUUCCAGGAACUGUAAGGUGACAAUAUUUAUAUUCCGUCAGUUUUUAAUUGUUGAUUAAAGUUUUAAAGUAAAAAUGUGA